GGCCCGCCCGCUCUGGGCCCAAUAUCCGGCGGCUGCGGGGUCAAUGAGGCCAUUGAGACUCAUGAAGGUGUUCAUCACACGCAGGAUUCCCCCCGAGGGCAGCGCCGCGCUCGCCCGGGCCGCAGACUGUGAGGUGGAGCAGUGGGAUUCUGAUGAGCCCAUUCCCAGAGAGGACCUGGAACAGAGAAUGGCUGGGGCCCAUGGCCUGCUCUGCCUCCUCUCGGACCGCAUAGACAAGAAGCUCCUGGACGCUGCAGGAGCUAAUCUCAAAGUCAUUAGCACAAUGUCUGUGGGUGUCGACCACUUGGCUCUGGAUGAAAUCAAGAAGCGUGGGAUCCGCGUGGGCUACACUCCGGGUGUCCUGACAGACGCCACGGCCGAGCUCGCCGUCUCCCUGCUGCUUACCACUUGUCGCCGGUUGCCGGAGGCCAUCGCGGAGGUGAAGAACGGUGGCUGGACCUCAUGGAAACCCCUGUGGAUGUGUGGCCACGGCCUCUCACAGAGCACCGUCGGCAUCGUUGGCCUGGGGCGCAUAGGCCAGGCCAUAGCUCGGCGUCUGAAACCAUUUGGUGUCCAGAGAUUUCUAUACACAGGGCGUCAGCCCAGGCCUCAGGAAGCAGCAGAAUUCCAGGCAGAGUUUGUGUCCACCCCCGAGCUGGCUGCCGAGUCCGAUUUCAUCGUUGUGGCCUGCUCCUUAACACCGGCGACCAGGGGGCUGUGCAACAAGGACUUCUUCCAGUGGAUGAAGAAAACAGCUGUGUUUGUCAACAUCAGCAGGGGAGAAGUGGUAGACCAGGAUGACCUGUACCAGGCCCUGGCCAGCGGUCAGAUUGCAGCUGCCGGACUGGACGUGACAACCCCAGAACCACUGCCUACUGACCACCCUCUCCUGACCCUGAAGAACUGUGUGAUCCUGCCCCACAUUGGCAGUGCCACCCACAGGACCCGAAACAUCAUGUCUGUCUUGGCAGCUGACAACCUGUUGGCUGGCCUGCGAGGGGAGCCGAUGCCCAGUGAACUCAAGCUGUAGUCACAUGGGGACUCUGUGGACCAGAAAGCAAGUGGCCCUGGGCUUCUGUCAGACGCGCCCUGGCUUGAUUGGACCCACAGGGUGGGAGCCAGAGGAAAAAGUCUGAUCUGUACCCAUUCUGCAGAGGGAAGACUGGUACUAACAGAUGUGCUGCACUUGCGUGGUUGGAAGCAUCCGAGCCCCAAGUGUGUAAUUCUAUUAAAUAAUUCUCGGAGA